AUGGCCUGGUUCAUGAGAGGGGUGCAGAGCGCCGUCUUCCACUAUGCUUCCUGCGCGCCCUGCGCCGGCUACAGCGACGGCAGGAAGCGACAGAAGGCGGCCAAAGAGGCUCGCAAGCUAAGAGAGAAGCUCGAGCUCGAGGAACCCGGCGCCUACCACCACCCCGAACCCACCGGAACAAAUGCAUACUGGAGCGAGGAAAUCUCCCUGGGGCCUGGCCCCCCACCGCGACGAGCGCGCAGAGCGAACACACCACAUGGCGGCAGCUCCAGAGGCCUGCCCACGCGCGGCACCCAGAGCUCGGCACUCAGCAAAGGCGGAAGCAGCCUCGACGUCGACCACACGGGCGACAACCGCCUCAGCGACGACACGCUCGACGACGACGACGACGAGACGUGGAACCACAAGCGCUACCAGCGCGAGGACGAGCAUCUCUGGGGCUACGACGACCACCCCACGUCUCUCGAGCAAACCAUGACGGGCUCGUCCGUCGGCGGCAGCGGCUACCAAAUCAAAAGGCCCAACGUGUCUCGGUCCGGAAGUUACUACAUUGCACGUGUCCCUCCCGUCAAUGAGCUGCACCCGCCCGUCGUCAGUCUGCCGUCGCCCGACCCCUCGGAGAACCGCUGGAUGCUCCAACCCCCGCCCAAAGCUAGUGUCAUGGCAGGCAAGGAACGGGCAAGGAACCGGAGCCGCAGCGGGAGCGGUGCCAGCAGCCGCGUCGAGUUGAGUCUGGGCCGCCAGGUCAGCACACGGCAAUUGAUGCACAAGCUCGAACGCGGACACACGCCCGACCGACUCACAGCCUCUCCAAACGUGUCCAAUUCCAAUCUCACGCAGCGGCAGGAUCGCUGCAGGACACCGCAAACCCGGCCGCCUUCUGCCACUAGCACCUCACCUCAUAGAAAGAGAUGCGAUGCAACCACGGCACGCGACCAUGCUACAGCACGCACAGACACUGCUAGUACCCAGCAAUCCUCUAUCGUCUCAAGCGACAUUGUGGUCCGAGGCAGUUCCACUUUGAGUAGCGCAGCUGCUUCCGACGUUAAGCUUGUCCGUGCUCGCCAGAGCCGACCUGCACUGUCAACCGUCUUUUCUAACAACUCUGGACAGAACGACUCUGCUACCGAUGUUCGUACCCACCGUGGUGAUGAGAACAUGCUUGCUCUUCCUCAAAAACCCCGCCCUGUCCGCCACCGUUCUGCCGACACCAAGCACCGAGAAACUCUCGACUCAUCUGACUUGUCUUCUCUUAGCUGUCUCCAAGAUCUCGUUUCCCCCCGCGCACUGCUCACCUCGCGCUUCGUCUCUGCUCCACUGGUCGAGGCCAAAAUCCGUCUCCCGCCUUCGCAAGAGGAUAUGACGGCUGCCGCACGAGGAGACCGGACUCGCAGCAACAGAUACGAGGACGACGACGAGGAUGAAACAGCGGAUACCAUUGUCAAUGUCCCUUUUGACCGGGAUUUUGGGCCACCAGAAAAAGAUCCCAGAUUUAGAUGGAGUGUAGAUUUCUGA